CCCAAGGCACUCGUAUAAAUCGUCCAGUCACCCAACCCACCCACCUCGCGUUCCCGCACAACAACCCAAACGGUAUCCUGGGUCCGUUCCACCGCGGGCGGGGAUGGAGCCCCGCAAAACCCCUCCAGAGUACUUCCUGGAGAUAUUCGCCGACACCACAACAGUGCGCGAUGUACUUAAAGGCGUCCUGAACCUCAUCUUCUUCCACCGCUACUUCCCGUCUAUUCGACCCGUUACCUUCGAUGUAUUGGACUUCACACUGCCUGCGAUCAACGAUGCAGACUUGGAGACGUUGAUCGAGUCCCGCGUUAGUGCCCUUGUGCGCCAGCACCUCUCCUCCGCUGCGGGCGGGGAAGAUGGGAAAGUAGGCGGAGGCGGGGGUGUGCGCGGUCGGAUAGCGGUGGAGUUCUAUGAGAAGAAGAGGCGUCGGUCAGGACUUUGGUUUGGUGGGCUAGCUGGGAAGGGAGAGGAGGAGGUAUGUUGGGAGAUCUGGACAUUGGAUGUGACGAUUGCCACGCCGCGGACGGAUUCCGGUGAGUUAUUUCCAGUGGAAGAAAGACUAUUUACAUGCUACAAUGGAAUUUUGGCGCGCAGAAUUCAUUGGCGCGGUGUUGGAGAUGUUCUCUUGCUAAUCAGUAUUGUGGAUUUAGAACGAGCUAAAGUCCGGAAGGCGAUGGGUAAUAUGCUUCAGAAAGCUGCGCUGAAGAUCCUUUCUGUUGUGAAUCGGGACAAGGAUCAUAUUCCGCCCAUUACGACUAGUGAUUCCAAUCCCUUCCCUUAUCGCAUUGUUGUUAACCCGCGGACCGAUGGUUGGGGUAACCGCAUUGGGUUGUAUUAA